UUAUUCUUCUCUAAUAUUCCUAAUGUUUUGCUGCCAUGCUCACUUAUAAUAUUCGCACUGAUGCUCUCCCAAGGCUUGCGCAGCAGCUUGAGCAUUCAAUGCAAUGAAAGAGACCGCCAUCUUCUCUAAACUUCAAACACUGUUUCUGAUCCAUCUGCCCUCCUCUCUACUUGGUCUGAUGAACGAGAGUGCUGUCACUGGGAAGGAGUUCAAUGUGAAAACACCACCGGCGGAGUCAUCAGGCUCCGGCUUCCAUGUCCCCUACAACCCAUGGCUGUUCAUUGUGGAGAGAAGAAAUAGAAGUGCCUUACAGGUUGUUUCUAUGCAUGUUUCAGUAAGUCUUCUCGGCAAAUCUUUUAGACUGAACAUUGCAAGGGAGGGCAAAGUGAAGUUAUUGAAGGUAUAUUACAAGUGGCUUGGAGCGAAGUUUAUAUAG